AUGGGGGAUGAAAAUACUAAUUGUUGUUAUAUUUGCAAUGAAAAUUCAACAAAUUUAAAAAAUUUAAUUGAAUUUCGUACAGAUUACACAAAUAAUAAAAUAAUUGAUAAAAUAUCAUCAUUAAUGGGUAAUUCUUACGUGUUACACGACCAUAUUCAACAACAUAAAAUGUAUAAUUGUCGAAUAUGUAAACAUCCAUUCUCGAAUUACAUAAAGUUUAAACAGCAUUUAUAUAAAUGUUCGAAUGUUGAUCAAUUUAAAAUUUAUAAGUGUUCAUUAUGUAAAAUCGAUUUUUUCCAUUAUGUAACAUAUCGUAAACAUAUUUUAUACGAUCAUAAACAAAAUGAUGAGACAACUGAGACCGUUGAAGAUGAUGUUACCGUGUCGAAGGAUUUAAAAGCUGUGUAUAUUUGUGCAAAAUGUUCGUAUGAAACGCCACACGAUGCUGAAAUGAAAGUACAUAUUGCGUCUCAUAUUCAAAAUGAAGAAUAUAAAUGUGAGCGUUGUAAUUCAAUAUUUAAGACGCCGCAUGCGUUAGAAUUGCAUAGCCGUCGGCAUUUAGAUGGGGCACGGUCCAUUAAAUGUAAUAUGUGUGGUUUAGAAUGUGUCGAUAAGAUACAUUUACGAUGUCAUAAAAAGAGUGUCCAUAAAAUUCACGUAACUUGUACGAUUUGUAAACAUGUUUGCCGUACAAAAAUCGAAUUACAAGUACACAUUCGACAAAAACAUAACGGAAAAUUGGAAUGUGAUAUUUGUAAACAAACAUUUACCAGAGAGAUUACGUAUAAAUGUCAUAAAGAAUAUUCACAUCGAAUGGAUAAUAAAUGUAAAUUUUGUGGAAAAGAAUUAACAAAUUUAAAAGAAUUACGACUGCAUGAAAAACGACAUAAACGACGCCAGGGAAAUACAGAUUUUAAAUGUAUAUAUUGUGAGAAGAUACUGAAAACUAAAACGGGAUUACGAUUGCAUUUAGCAAAACAUACUGGUGAAUACAAAUUCUUUUGCGAAGUCUGCGGGCGUGGUUGUAUGAGUUUAAUGGUUUUACAAGAACAUAUGGGAGUACAUACUAAAGAAGAACGUUACGUGUGCGAUGUUUGUGGAAAGAAAUUCUGUUAUAAUGCCACCUAUCGUAUUCAUAGAUUAUGGCAUGAUAAUCCAAAACCGUAUGAUUGUCCGGAUUGUGGGCAAAAAUUUGCACAUACGUCACUGUUAGCUGUACAUAGACGACGUGAACAUACUGGCGAACGUCCGUAUGUUUGUUUUGGCUGUAAUAUGACAUUUACACGAAGUUCUUCGUUAAAACGACAUAAUCGUAUCCAUACCGGUGAAAGACCAUACGUAUGCAUUUGGUGUAAUCGAGGAUUUAUUGAGAAAAAAUUAUGGGUAAAGCAUUUAGCAAACGAGCACGAUGAUUAUUCCGAAAUAAACAACAAACCAAAAUGUGAAUAUAAAAUGGUGAUACGUCCAGAAACUGAGGACACUGACGAAUUAAAAAAAGAUGAAAUAAAUCAUGAACCAUCAACACAGGAAGACAUGCAACAAUUUAUAAUAAUUGGCAAUCCAAAUAUGGAGAAUAUGAUAUUAUACGGUUUACCCCCUCAACAAGAUUUGGAUCAAUCGAAAGAUUUGGAUCAUUCAAAUACAAUUUUAUUACCAACAAAAGAUGAUUUUGAACAAAAUCAACAGGCAGUUGUUAAAUUUACUGUGGCAGAUAGUUUUCAAAUUAUUCAAGAUGAUUGUAAAUCGGAACAAAAUCGUUUGUUAGAAGGUGUGGAUGAAACGAAUAUUGUUAUAAAAACAGAUAAUGGUGAUAUGGUUAUACGAAACGGUCAAUUAGUACCUCUAACAGAAGUUUUAUAA